AUGGUUAUGUUAUACGUAUGAGUCGUCGUUUUGUUUAUGAACUGUUGUUGUCGUCGAGGUGGCAUUGUUACGAUGGAAGAAAAUUGUCUUAAAAUUGAAAAUAUUAAUGCGUGUGAGAAUGAUGGAGAUACUCUUUUGGUUGAUCUUGUUAAAAGUUAUGCUAAUCUUUAUGAUAAGACCCAUCGAGAUUUUAAAGAUUGCAGUAUUCGUGAAAAUUCUUGGGCUGAGAUCGCCCGGUCUCUUAAUUCGUCAGGUUGCGCACAAAUGUUUCUUAUGUUCUGUAAUUUUUAUACAAUAGUGGAGAAUUGUCAAAUCCGGUGGAAAAGGCUACGAGAGCGUUUUGCAAGGGAAAGGAAAAUGCUGGAAGAAGAGUCUGAAAGCGAUGCUGCUGUGUUUAAUAGGUCGAAAUUCUUUUUAUAUGAAAGUAUGAGUUACUUGAAUGAACACGUUCAAAGAAGAAAGACAAAGAGAAGUAUCUAUCAAUUAAACAGGCCCCCAUUGCCAAAGAAGGCAGAGCCAGCACUACCAAUUACCCAACCUUUACCCUCUUUGGUAUCCCUUUUACCAUCACCAAUACCACCUUUACCAUCAAUUCCUUCAAGUUCAGCAAUAGUACCUUUUCCUUUAUCGACAUUACUGUCACCUUCACAAUCGUCAACGUCUUCGUGCUCAUCAGGCUCAUCACAGUUGGUCAGCAAUGAAGAUCUUCCUGAUACCGUGCAAAGACCUCAGUCAUGCAGUAUAUUUAAGAAUUUUCAUAGAAAGAAACGAAAAAUAGAUUCCUUGGAAAAUAAAAUGAUUCACCUCUCAUCAAAUUUAGAGCAGAUUUACAGAAAACUUGCCAAUACUGUUGCUGAGAAGCAAGAACUGACAGCUGAAGAUUACUUGGGAAAAAUGAUAGCGAGUACUUUAAAAGGGAUGGAUCAAGGAAAGAGGGCAAGAAAGAUGCAUGAUUUAAUAAAAGUGUUAUAUUCAUAAAAUAUGUAAAUAAAACAAAGUUUAUUUUUCACAGA